AUGGGGCUGGCUGGGAUGCUGGCCAUGGGCGAGCGGGGCAGCGUUGGGCUGGUGGGAGGACGGACAGGGUGCAAGGGCAAGGCACCUGGCGAUGGGAUGGGAAUGGGAAUGGGAAUGGGACGGGAACGGGAACGGGACGAGGAGAACCCAGCACGAAGACGCAAGCGGCAGACCAGCCAUGGAGGCAAGGCAAAGCCGGCAGACAUGAAGCAGCGGGAGGCAGGCGGGCCCAGAUGCCUCCGGCCAUUAAGCAAGCAGAUUCAGGCCAGGCAACAACGCAAGACCCGAGCGACCGAAGGCGGCGUGGGAACCAGAAGAAGCAAGUGCCAAGAGCACUCGCCCGCACCCCACAAACAAACCAGGCCAGAAGGGGUGGGCGUCGAGCGGCUCCAGCCCAUGGACGGGGUGGCGGCAUGGGCAGAUGUUGGCGUGGUGGGAGGGCAGGAGGUGUGGCUGCUGGGCGAUGGCCGAGUGGUGCAAGGGGGCAGGGAACCAGCAACUCAAACCCAAGCAGGUCGACUGGGUGGUCGAGGGGGGGGGCCAGGCUGGCAGUUUCAGCUGCAGCCGUUGAUGCGUGGUGGUGGAGGUGGAGGAGUGCCGCCAGGGUCGUCCCCGAAGAGCACACCGAUGCAGGGACUUGCGCAAGGCGACAAAGGCGGCGCACCGACCGCAGGGCCGAUGCAGGAUGGGCCAGCUGCGGUGGGGGAGAGGUUGCGCCUGUGCGCCCGGUGGCGAUCUGGCUCGCGGCUGGGAAGCGAUCUUCACGUGGCGGAAGCAAAGCCAGGCGUGGGACAGAGUACAGAGGACAUUUCGGCGACGGCAACGACGGGGUCUGUAGAACAAACAAACGUGCAGGCAAGGGCCGAGGGGCGGCACCAGCAAGGAAGGGAAGGGAAGGCAGUGGAAAGGACCGGAGGAGGCGGGUCGGUCUGGGGCGAUGAUGGCAAGCCGAGGGCGGCAGCGAUGGCGAUGGUGGCAGCACGACGAGCGAGCAUUGCUGUUAUGGGAUCACUUGAGGAAUGCAUGGAUAGGACUGGAUAUUCCAUGGGAGAGCAGGCGGCAGGCAGCAGCAGGCAACAGCAUGCAACACCCAGCAUUGGACAGUCCUGGACAAGCGACAGCGCAGUCGCCAAAGGGAACACAGCCCGCAGGGCUGGGUGGCUGGAGGGGCAAACGGAGCCAUGGCCGCGCAUGUCCCACUCGAGCCAGACGCACCAAAUGCGGUCCACAUCCAGGGGAUACAAUCCACACCUCGACGAUGGGGGUGCGAUUCAGCCAUCCAAAUGCGAUUCAGCCAUCAGACGCAGCUCAACCAUCGGACGCAACUCCAUGAUCCAAGCGCAGCCCAACGACACCCCAAGAAUACAGCACAGCACAUCACAGCACAGCACAUGCAGCGCCUCACGCGGCCGACGGCAGGGUGGCUCUGUGCCGCGCUGGCGCCCCCGUUCCUGGUUUCGCCAUCGCCGCGCGAUCGGGAAGGACUGGCGGCUUGGUCAGCGACAUCGCGGCCCCCCGCUGACCACGCAGGAAUCGGCGCGAUCGGGCGGCGACGGGCGCCAGUGGUGCGCUGCGCGGGCGGGAGACAAAGCGGAAAGCGUCGUGCAGCUGAUUCGCUUGCGGGAGCGAAGCGGUGCCACACCGCCACGUCUUUGUCAGCCAAAGCGGUGCGCGGAACAUGGCGGGGAUGGAAAGCGGUGCGAGGGAGCGAGCGGCGUGUGGGCGGUGCGCAAGAAGACGAGGAAGGGCGGGGAGGAGGAGCAGACGGAGAUGAUGACUCCUGGGCGGUGGCCGAUGCCGCCGCGACAGGCCCGGCCCCGCACCGGCUUGCACGGUGCUGCACUGUUUGCCCCUGGCCACACGCACACCACCGCCGCCGCGCCGCACGGCAGCACAAACAGCGCAAUGUGCCACGGGCUAAUGCAGUCAGGGCCCAGCAAGGCCCCGCACCAGCGCCUCCCCAGCCGCCGGCUGUCGCUCCCUUUUCCCUUACCGCCACACGCGCACCUUCGCUGGCCGGGCGGCUCGCUGCUGCCAGCAGCGCUGGUGUGGGUAUCGUCGGUGAUGCAUGUCGCUCCGGCAGACGCCGUUGGUGCUGUCGGGCAGCUCUCAUCGCCGCCGCCAUUUGUUCCAUUCGAUCGGCCGUGGUCCAGAAACGGGCGAGCGACCAGGCAAGCCGCGACGCAACGACGACAGCAGCAGCAAGGGCAGCAAGGGUGGCAAGGACACAGCGUCCUCAAGGCGAUGCGCCGGGUGGCUCCGGUGUGUCUGGACGCCGCCGUCGCCCCAAAGAGCUUGCACAGUCAGACGCUUUCGUCUGGCAUCGAGUUGAUGCAUUAUGUUGCAGCAUCGACCAUGUCGCUGCAUCGGCAUGGCAUCCAACACGGCGUCCAACACGGCAAUAGCCCGCCACACCACAACGCAUCCGCCCAUGCCCUGUAUCCGAAUCAGCGUCCACAUGGAGCCGGCGGCAAGGCCGGGCUGCUGGUGUAA